AUGGAUACAGAUAGAGCCAAACUUGUAGUAGAAGCAGAAGUCCGCAACAGACUUAUCGCUGAAUGUAUCCAAAGUGUCAACGACUAUCUCCAUGGAAGAGCCUGGGAAAUUUUUUCAAAUAAGUUUAAAUCCAUGAAUAUCAACCUCCCUCGAGAUUUAAUUGCAUGCAAAAUCUGUGAAGAGCCAAUGACAGGGCAUUAUUUUGAAAAAGAGAAAAAAAUCAUUAUCUGCGCUAAUAAUGUGGUUAAUCAAGAAUUUGACAGCACUUUGGGGCAUGAAAUGGUGCAUCUUUUUGAUGAUGCCAGGGCUGAGGUAGAUUUUCAUAACCCUGAACAUGUAGCGUGCAGCGAAAUUAGAGCGACAAAUUUAAGUGGAGAAUGCAGCAAUAAAGGAUUUUUGAAACAUGUGAGGAAAGGAACGGUGACGAAGAAAUAUACGCAGUGUGUAAAAGAUAGGGCAACUAAGAGCUUGAUGGAUAAUCCACAUUUUAAAUUGAAAAAUAUGAUGGAGGCUGACUCCCCCCUCGAAGUUCGACCAAGAUUUUUUUGGUCGAACUUCGAGGGGAUUUAAGAAAAAUUUUUUUCAAAAAAAUUAUAUAGAAUUUUUUUUUAUAUAAUUUAGUAGUUAAAAAAAAAAAUAUUUAUCAUAUUCUUCUGUAUGGUUGAGAGGGUGUAAGGUUAGAAAAAAUAGUGCAAGAUGGUUUUGUAACGCUUUUUAGAACUUGAAUACAAAAAUCGCAAGCUCACCCCCACAUAGUUUAAAAUUUUUGAAAAAUUGCUUAUUUUCCUAGUAAAUUUAUAUAGGUCUUGGUCGAACUUUGAGGGGGGUUAACUUUCCAAAAAAAUAGGAAUUUUCCCUAUAUCUUGGUCGAACUUCGAGGGGGGGAGUGAGGAGAUUGUGGGAGGCGUUUGGGAUGUGUGUUUUUAUGAUUAUGAGCCUUUUAGUAUUGAUGAGGCGAAGAGGAAAGCAGCAGGGAAAAAAUUUUAG